ACGCUCCGUGGCUGAAGGUUUACUCUUGGUGUGUGGGCUUGGUCACAGUGUUGGUGGUUGCAUUUGACCAUUUUUUUUACUUGUCGCUCGCUUCUCCGCCCUGAGAAAUACACUUCAGGCCCCUGAAUUCAGUGUUGUGUGCGCGAUGUGCUGAGGGAGACAAGUUCUCGUGUGACACGUAUCCCGCAAUUGAACGGGAAAUUACAUAAAAAUAGCCACAUUUUGUCCAUCGCAUCCCUUCCUUUUCUUACGUGUGCGCGCCCAAUUGAGCAAUCCGAAAGAGAAACACCUCGAAGUUGCCGAAAGCGAGGAACAUUUUGUGUGUGGAUUUUGGCAUCAGUGAAUUUUUGUCUGCCUUGUUUUUCGUGUGCUCUUGAACACCCAAAUAAUUCAAUACACGCAGCGUUGGAGAACGCGCGAAGUGCCGCCAAGUGCACUUCUCUCACAGCCCCAUUGCACGUCCUUUCGCCUGUCACAUUUUCUUCGUCCUACCUGGAGUACGGCAGGAGCUGGUAAAGAUGAACGGCUACACGGAUUUAACCACCAACAUCGAGAACAGUCGAAACUGUCUGAGACGAAUUGCUCGUCACGAUGAUCAGGAGUUCUCCAACCAAAGCAUAAUCAAUGUGAUGGAGAAAUUUGUGAAGACAGUGAAUGCCAUGGAUGAGACCAUACUCGUUCCCUCCCGCCUCAUGGAUCGUCAGGUGGGAGAUUCCACUGAUACAGUUCCAGUUUCGCCGAAAGCCUUCCACCAUGGCCACACGAAGAGCAAGAAGCGCGACACGGUGCGCGAGUACCUGAACUCGGCGGACCUGCUGAAGCUGUACAACAUGCUGAAUCUGGUGAAGAAUGACCUGCUGUGGGCCAGGAAUGACACCAGCGAGGAGGUGAAGCAGGAGAAGAGCGCAGGCGAGUUGAGUACAAAUGUGGCAAAGGAGGAGGUGGUGAGCAAGGAGGAGGCGACGGUGAAGGGCCACGUGAGGAGGCCCAGCACCAUCUCCAUGUCCUCCUCCCACUCCGUGAGCACGCUCAGCGACUCAGAGAGCGAGAUCAGCAAUGAGAAUGACUCGGGCAUCGAGUCGGAGAGUCGCCGCGACCUGGACAAGAGUCAGGAGCUGGCCAAGCAGUUCCGGACACACCUGCUAGGCCUCUAUCGUAGCCUGGAGCAGAUGACGGAGGCGGCCAACUAUCUCACUGCGCGGUACCAAAGCGACGUGGGUCCAGUAUAAAGUUGGGUUGUUGGCGGCGCGUGAGAGCAAAUGGGGGAGCCUGAUUGAGGGAGAGAACAAGAUUGUACCAACCCUAAGCCCACCACCCAAUUUUUGUAGUCGUGUAAACUGUGAAGAAUAACGGGGGAACAGAUAAUAUUUAGAGAGAGAGUGAGAGACGAGGAGGAACCAAUAGUUGCCACUGAGAAAGCUUCACCUGUGAAUUGGCGAGGAGUAAUCGCGUUUAUGUUGCACUCUGUCUUUUCCUCAACCUUUUUUUGGAGGACUCCUUUUGUCGUGUGGAGAGAAAUUGCGCUUAUUUUCACGUCAUUUUCGCUCAAUUGAUCAUUAAUAAAUUAUUAUACAAUCCAGCUUCAUAUACUUUUCCUUUCCAGUCGCUGGUCGCAAUGUUGAAAGCACUGAUGAUUGAUUUUAUCUGUACUGAAGAUUUAAGUUUAAGUGAGGCACUUUGGCCACGCCCACUCUGAAGCUCCGCCCCAUUGGCGGUCGCAUAAAUGCCUCGCUGUGCAUUUCUUAGUGAAUUCGAACAAGACACAAUGUGAACAAAGUCUGCAUGCAUUCAAUUGACCAGCGACUGUCUCUCUGUGAAGUGUUUUUUUGUGUUGAAUUAGUGCGAAUGAAGUCAAGUCACAGAAAUACAUUUCUCAAAAUGAAAACAUUGCUCAUACUUAAGAUGUUCGGAUAUUGGUGAAAUGGCUGAGAUGAAGAGUGAAAGAGAGCGUGAAAGUGGUUUUGAAGAGUCUGGACGAGAAUUGCAGAUCGAUUGGCAAAGGAACAAUGCUCAGUUUCUCACGUCGCGCGCGUCUUUUCGCAAUUGCUGCUCGAUGAAACACAAAUUUCAAAAAAAAACUUGGCCAAUAGACAAACAAUAUAAGAGUUGAAUAGCUAAAGAAUUGCGUGUGAGUGUGUGUGAGUGAAGAGAGAGAGAGAGAGAAAAAAAAGUGUAGAAAAUGCGCUGUAUCGGCUUUAAUUUCUAAUGAGAAAUUCUUUAUUAAUAUUUUAGUGAGAGGAUAGGAGAGUUAGUUGAAAAAGCGUUGCCUUGAAAAUACAAUAUAGAAGACGGUUUACAUGAGAGUUCUUAUUUAAUUGUAUAUGGAAUUUAUGUAAGUGGCUUUUGGAAUUGGGAAAAGUGAUUCUUUCUCAAUUGCAACGCGCGCUUUUUCUUUGAGAAGUGGUGAAGCAGAUGACUGCUCGCGAUGAUCGCAAGGAGAACACAGAGCUAUUUAAUGUCAAGUUUAGUUGUUGAUAACUAAUGUGUAAGAGAGGAAGGAGGUGUUGUGCUUUUGGGCCGUUGAUGCCGUGCUUCGAGUAUCAAUGAAAGAAAAAGAAAAACACACCAAAAUAUGAUGUAAUCCAUUCCGUAUCCUAAGAAAUCUCAUAACUGUUGAGCUCUGACAAGAGGGAAUGUAGCGAAAAAUUGUGUAUUUAGUCAUACCUGAUUAAAUUUUGUAUAAAGUGCAAUUUUUUUUAUCAAAAAGAAAAAUACGGACAGAGCGUUACUGAGGCAGGUUUUUGCGGAUUUAAGCUGCGCCAAGAAUAUAGUGUCUAGCCAAAUAAAACCAUAUUAUAACUAGCAAUUAGAGGAGAAAAAACAUAUAAAAGGAGAGUUUCUUGAGUGAGAGAGAUGAAACAGCAAAGAUGAAUGCGAUUAAAUGUGAAAAUGAACGAGAGAGUGAAAACUACUUUUAUUUUUUGUAAAUGUUUGCAUUUCUUACCUUUCUUUCCUCGGAGAACCUCUUUGUAAUCUUAUAAAUGUUAAUAUCUAUAUAUAUAUAUACAUUUGUAUAAAAUUAAGCGGGUAAAGAUGAUAUAUAAAGUGAGAUGAUAAAUUAAUGAUUAUGAAAAUGAAAACCUUAUUUGUAAAUAAUGAAUUAAAAAUAAAAUUUGUUAAAAAACUUGUAAAAAGA